UUAGAAGUUAACUCGUUUGCCUUCAUUUCAGAUGCCGCCGAGGAGAGCUACCCGUGCUCAGAUCGCUAGAGAUGCUAGAGAGGCUCAGGAUGAGCAUGUUCAGCCCGCAGUUCAGCAGCCCGUUGCUCCGCAGAUGGAUGAGGAUGCCAUGAGACAGAUAGUUCAGGAUGCUGCUAGACAUGCUGCUCAGGAAGCAGUUCAGCAGAUUGCUCAAGAAACAGCCAGGCAAGCCGCUCAAGAGGCUGCCAGGGUAGCUGCUCAGGAAGUUGCUCGACAUAUGGCUGCAGCUCAGCAGGUUCCGCAGGGUCCUCAGAUUCAUGUGCAGCAGGGUCCGCAGAUUCAUAUGCAGCAGGUUCCGCCAGUUCAGGUUCAGCAUGAUCAUCAGGCUCCAGCUCAGCAGGCCCCAGCGCCACAGUAUCCGCAGGUUCCUAUUCAGCCAGUUCCAGGUGUCUUUCAGGUUCCGCCGCCACCACCCAUCAUUCCAGUGCACGUGCCGGAGGUUGAUGAGACAUUUAUCAGGGUGUUAUCACAGAUGAAGUAUGUGAACUUGGAGCAUUUAAGUGGUACCACGGACCCUACACUUGCUCACGAUUGGAGGCACAGUUUGGAUAAGUGUUUGAACACUAUCUCAUGCCCACCAAGGCACAAGCUAAGGAUUGUUGAGUUGUAUUUACGCGGAGAUGCAGCAGUGUGGUGGGAUGGAGUGCGAGUGAUGCACCGUGGCGAGAUGACUUAUGAAGAUUUUCUGUAUGCAUUCAACAAGAAGUAUUUUCCAAGAGAAGCUUUGGAUGAGAAGAAGAACGAUUUUGAGAGUUUGAGGCAGGGUGGAAAGUCUGUCAGAGAGUAUGAGCAUGAGUUUCGCCAGCUUCACAGGUUUGCGGGAAUUGGUAUGGAUGAGGAGGACCUUAUCAGGAGGUUCUUAAAAGGGAUGCGAGUAGAACUUCACGGUAGGUGCAGUAUGGUCACAUAUACUAGUUUGGAGGAUCUGGUAGAGAAGGCCGUUGUGCAAGAGAAAUGUAUUGCAGCGGAGCAGAAGUUCAACAAGGCAGCUCAGCCUAAGACAGAAGGAGCUUCAGGGUCACAAAAGAGGCCAUGGGACCAGACGAGUAUCCAGUGCCAUAAUUGUGGGCUGUUCGGGCAUGUUUCUAGAAAUUGCCGAAAGCCACUAGUUACCCAGUUUAUAGCACCAGCAGCACCAGUAGUAGCGGCUAGGAAAUGUUAUGGUUGUGACCAGCCAGGCCAUAUCUUCAGAGAUUGCCCGAGGAGGGGCAAUGCAGCGCUUCCACCACCACCGAAGCGCCUAGCCAUCGCUCCACGUGUGUUCACAGUGGGAGAUCACCAGGGAGCGGGUGAGACCGAUGAGCAGGAGUGAUCAUAUCAGACUAGUGCUACUAUUUGGGCUCGUGGGCUUUAUCGUUUUAUCGUUUUAUCUUUUAUUAUUAUUGGGCCUUUAGGCCUUCGGACUUCUAUCGUUUACGCUACUUCCUAUUUUCAGACCUUCGGGCUUAUGUUGUUAUUAUAUUUCGGAUGUUUAUUUUUCGGAUUUGACUUUAUGGUAUUGUAUGACUUUAUGAUAUGACGUGGAUUUUAUUAUCCGUAUUAUUAUUAUUAUUUCCGCUGCGCUAUGAUUUAUUAUUAUUUUAAUCCCGAAUUUAUAUUUGAAAGACGCGGUCGCGUCAUUUGUCUUCUGUUUCUGUCUGGUUUUCUUGAUCUUUGAUUGUUUUUAUACUUUUUAAGUAUUUAGAG